AUAAGCCCACGUGAUAAACAAAGUACAGGGGCAUUUUCGUAAUUGGAUCGUCUGUACAAAAGCCAUUGAAGAAAUGAAAGCGAUAAAUGACUUGAAUGAAGGCAGCUGUCAGCGCCAACUCAACUACGCACUCGCCGUCGAUCUUCUAAUACUCGUCUCUCCCCGUUCCUCAAUACAAAGAAUAUCCGUUACCCUCGCCGGGAUAUUCUAUCGCCGCGACAUUUCUUUGCAACGCAAGUAUUAAAUACUUUGCUACAGGUUUGGAUAUCGACUUUGCGUUUUGAUACUUGGAGAGGGAAUUAGGGUUUUGAGAAUGGGGGAUUCGCUGGAGCGUUUGGGAUCCGAAGGAGCAAUGGGACCGGAAUCGAGUAUAAUGAAGGAGGAUUUGUGUAUGGAUAUAGAUCCUCCCUUCAAAGAGAACCUCGCUACUGCUGAAGAUUGGCGCAAGGCGCUUAACAAGGUGGUUCCUGCCGUCGUCGUUCUCCGGACCACUGCUUGCCGAGCAUUUGACACUGAGUCCGCUGGUGCCAGUUAUGCUACGGGCUUUGUUGUUGAUAAGCAUCGUGGAAUUAUACUCACAAAUCGACAUGUCGUAAAACCUGCAAUNGCUAUGUUUGUGAACCGUGAAGAGAUACCAAUCUAUCCGAUAUAUAGAGACCCUGUUCAUGACUUCGGAUUCUUCCGUUAUGAUCCUGAUGCAAUACAAUUUUUGAGCUAUGAAGAGAUUCCUCUUGCUCCGGAGGAUGCUUGUGUAGGGCUAGAAAUCAGGGUUGUUGGUAAUGACAGUGGAGAGAAGGUGUCUAUUUUAGCAGGAACGCUUGCUCGUCUUGACAGAGAUGCUCCGCAUUAUAAAAAGGAUGGAUACAAUGACUUCAACACAUUCUACAUGCAAGCUGCCUCUGGGACUAAAGGUGGUUCAAGUGGCUCCCCUGUAAUAAAUUGGCAAGGGAGAGCUGUCGCAUUGAAUGCUGGGAGCAAGUCAUCAAGUGCUUCUGCAUUUUUCUUGCCUUUAGAACGAAUUGUCAGGGCACUAAAAUUCUUACAGGAAGGAAGAGAUCUUUCUACAAAUAAAUGGGAGGCUGUCACUAUUCCUCGUGGUACGCUUCAGGUAACUUUUAUCCACAAAGGAUAUGAUGAAACUCGCCGGCUUGGCCUCCAAAGUACUACGGAACAGUUGGUGCGCAAUUCCACUCCACCUAGUGAAACUGGAAUGCUUGUCGUCGAUUCGGUGGUGCCUGGUGGCCCAGCUCAUAAUCAUUUAGAGCCUGGUGAUGUACUUAUUCGUAUGAAUGGGGAGGUGAUCACCCAGUUCCUGAAGAUGGAGACUUUACUUGAUGACAGUGUCGAACAUAAAGUUGAGCUUCAAAUUGAAAGGGGUGGAACCCCUUUGACAGUGGAAUUGGUGGUUCAGGAUUUGCAUUCAAUUACUCCUGACCGCUUCUUGGAAGUCAGUGGUGCAGUUAUACACCCCCUUUCAUAUCAACAGGCUAGAAAUUUCCGCUUUCACUGUGGUCUUGUCUACGUGGCAGAAACAGGAUAUAUGCUAUUUAGAGCAGGAGUUCCUCGCCAUGCCAUCAUCAAGAAAUUUGCAGGAGAAGAUAUAUCAACUCUUGAAGAUUUAAUUUCUGUUUUAUCUAAGUUGUCUAGGGGUGCACGAGUACCGUUGGAGUAUAUAAGCUACAGUGAUCGUCACCGGAAAAAGUCAGUCCUGGUCACAAUUGACCGCCAUGAAUGGUAUGCACCUCCUCAGUUAUAUAAACGUGAUGACAGCUCUGGCUUAUGGACGGCGAAACUUGCUUUGCCACCUGAGUCCCCACUUCUAUUCUCUGGCAUCCAUCCAGGCAAACAAGA